AUGCAGUCUCCAUCGCAUGGAAAUGCUGCUCCACCGCAUGGUUACAAGUCGAUGAAGGUGACCCUCGUUUAUCCUCCGGUGCGCCUCGAGCCGACAACGAUUCCUCCUGGUUCACCGGUCUUCGGGGCUGUCACACCUCAGCAAACUCCGCGCUUCGUUUCCGGCGCGGGGUCCGUACCAGUACCAAGGACCGCCCUGACGCCGGUCCCCGGCACACGUCAGGUUUCGCAGCCUGUGCAGGCCGCAACCACGCCAGCCCCACCGUGCGUGGUGACGGUGGGAAGGCUCACGCCAAGAACGCCAGUUACACUCCCGGCCAAGCUGGUCUCCGUUAGUCGCAGCCCUGUGCCGCAAGUGUUGAGAUCCGAGCGGCAGCCGGAGGCCAGGGAAGCACGGGACAGCGUCUUUGCACCCCUCAGCACGAUGCAACCUCGCAGACUUCCUAAAGCAUCAUGGUGGCUAAUUAUGUCACUGAUUCGGGGCAUGCCAUGGAUGUGUUCUGAGCAUCUUGGCUCGUGUGAGUCGUGUGGAAGGGACAGGCACUUUCGAGUCCCGGCUUCUUGGAAACCACGCAUGACACGUUCCCUUUUCCCAUAG